GUUAAUGGAAACAUGGCGAUGGCGGCUCCGACCGGCAGCGCGGCGCCCGUCGCCCCGGCCCUCUGCGGCCACCUGGCCCUGCUGCUGCUCCUCGCCGCCCCCGCCGCCCACGGCUACAGCUUCCCCCAGCAGCACACUAUGCAGUACUGGGCCAGGAGGCUGGAGCAGGAGAUUGAUGGAGUGAUGAGGAUAUUUGGUGGAGUCCAGCAGCUCAGAAAGAUCUACGAUGACAAUAAAAGCCUGUUUGAAGUCAAGGAGAAUGUGCCCAGGAAAUUGGUGGAGAAGGUCGCAGGGGACAUUGAGAGCCUCUUGGCCAAGAAAGUCCGUGCUUUAAAGAGACUUGCCAACGCGGCGGAGAAAUUCCAGAAGGCUCACCACUGGCAGGACAACAUCCGGGAGGAAGACAUCGAGUACUACGACUCCAAGGCCGACACUGAAUAUGACGACCCCGAUGGAGAGGAGAUCGAGAGGGAGAAGUCCAACUCCUUGAAGCUGGAGUUCACUGAUGAUGACAACUUCAAGACCAAGGUUAACUAUUCCUACGCUGCCGUGCAGAUCCCCACGGACAUCUACAAAGGCUCCACCGUCAUCCUGAACGAGCUGAACUGGACACAGGCCCUGGAGGACGUUUUCAUUGAGAACCGCAAGGAGGACCCCUCCCUGCUCUGGCAGGUCUUCGGCAGCGCCACCGGCGUCACCCGCUACUACCCCGCCACCCCAUGGAGAGCCCCCAACAAGAUCGACCUCUAUGACGUGCGCCGGCGGCCCUGGUACAUCCAGGGUGCCUCCUCCCCAAAGGACAUGGUCAUCAUUGUGGACGUGAGUGGCAGUGUGAGCGGCCUCACCCUCAAGCUGAUGAAGACCUCGGUCUAUGAGAUGCUGGACACCCUCUCAGAUGAUGACUAUGUCAAUGUGGCCUCGUUCAAUGAGAAGGCCAAGCCCGUGUCCUGCUUCAAGCACCUGGUGCAGGCCAACAUCCGCAACAAGAAGGUGUUCAAGGAGGACGUGCAGGGCAUGGUGGCCAAGGGCACCACAGACUACAAGGCUGGCUUUGAGUACGCCUUCGACCAGCUGCAGAACUCCAACAUCACACGUGCCAACUGCAACAAGAUGAUCAUGAUGUUCACGGACGGCGGCGAGGACCGAGUGCAGGACGUCUUUGAGAAGUACAACUGGCCCAACAAGACGGUGCGAGUCUUCACCUUCUCCGUGGGGCAGCACAACUACGACGUGACCCCGCUGCAGUGGAUGGCCUGUGCCAACAAAGGUUACUACUUCGAGAUCCCCUCCAUCGGCGCCAUCCGCAUCAACACGCAGGAGUACCUGGAUGUGCUGGGCAGACCCAUGGUCCUGGCUGGGAACCGAGCCAAGCAGGUCCAGUGGACCAAUGUGUACCAGGAUGCCCUGGGACUGGGCCUGGUGGUGACAGGAACGCUGCCAGUGUUCAACCUGACGGAGGACAGCAGUGACAGGAAGAACCAGCUCAUCCUGGGCGUGAUGGGGAUCGAUGUGGCUCUCAAUGACAUCAAGAGGCUGACGCCGCGUUACAACCUGGGGGCCAAUGGCUACGUCUUUGCCAUCGACCUGAACGGCUACGUCCUGCUGCACCCCAACCUGCAGCCCCAGAUCAUCAAUUUCCGUGAGCCGGUGACGCUGGACUUCCUGGACGCUGAGCUGGAGGAUGAGAACAAGGAGGAGAUCCGGAGAAGCAUGAUUGAUGGCAAUGAUGGGCAGAGGUUCAUCAAGACCCUCAUCAAGUCCCUGGACGAGCAAUACAUCGACGAGGUGUUCCGGACCUACACGUGGGCUCCCAUCAAAAGCACAAACUACAGCCUGGGGCUGGUUCUGCCUCCCUACAGUACCUACUACAUCCAGGCCAACCUCAGUGACCAGAUCCUGCAAGUGAAGUUACCAAACAUCAAAAUGAAGGAUUUUGAAUACCUGCUGCCCAACAGCUUUGAGUCGGAGGGACAUGUGUUCAUUGCUCCCAGAGAAUAUUGCAAAGACCUCGACCUGUCGGAUAACAACACCGAGUUCCUGGAAAACUUUAUUGCCCUCAUGGAAAAGGUGACCCCAGACUCCAAGCAGUGUGACAACUUCCUCCUGCACAACCUAAUCCUGGACACGGGUAUCACACAGCAGCUGGUGGACCAAGUGUGGAAGGACCAGGACCUCAACACGUACAGCCUCUUGGCUGUCUUCGCAGCCACCGACGGGGGCAUCACCCGUGUCUUCCCCAACAAGGCCGCAGAUGACUGGGAGGAGGAACCAGAGCCCUUCAACGCCAGCUUCUACCGGAGGAGCCUGGACAACAAGGGCUACAUCUUCAAGCCACCCUACCGAGAUGCUGGCUACCGGGGGCUGGACCUGGAGAACAACACCAUUGGGAUCCUGGUGAGCACCGCCGUGGAGCUCAGCAUCGGGGGCAAGACUCUGAAGCCCGCAGUGGUGGGGGUGAAGCUGGACCUGGAGGCCUGGGCUGAGAAGUUCAAAGUGCUGGCGAGCAACCGGACAGACCGAGACCAGCUGGGCACCCGCCGGUGUGACCCCUCAAGCAGCUGUGAGAUGGACUGUGAGGCCAACAACAAGGACCUCAUCUGUGUCCUCAUCGAUGAUGGGGGCUUCCUGGUGCUGUCCAACCAGGAGGACCAUUGGUACCAGGUGGGCAAGUUCUUCAGCGAGGUGGAUGCCAACUUGAUGUCUGCCCUGUACAACAACUCCUUCUACGCCCGCAAGGAGUCCUACGACUUCCAGUCUGUCUGCGCCCCCGAGGCCCCCAGCAACACGGGCGCGGCGCCCCGCGGCGUCUUCGUGCCCACUGUGGCCGACCUGCUGAGCCUCGCCUGGUGGACCUCGGCCGCAGCCUGGUCCCUGUUCCAGCAGUUCCUGUACAGCCUCACCUACAGCAGCUGGUUCCAGACGGAGGAGGUGGUGGGGGACGGCAUGGAGGCCAGGGAGACGAGCUGCAUCAUGAAGCAGACCCAGUACUACUUCAGCACCGUCAACGCCACCUACAACGCCAUCAUUGACUGCGGCAACUGCUCCAGGCUCUUCCAUGCACAGAGACUGGCCAACACCAACCUGCUGUUCGUGGUGGCUGACAAGCCCAUCUGCAGCCAGUGUGAGUCUGUCAAGCUGCUGCAGGCAGAGGUAAGAGCCCCCCCGAGGGACCCCAACCAGUGUGAGCUGGUGGACAGGCCCCGCUACCGGAAAGGCCCCCACAUCUGCUUCGACUACAAUGCAACAGAAGAUACCUCAGACUGCGGCCGAGGGGCUUCCUUCUCCCCGUCCCUGGGGGUCCUGCUCUCGCUGCAGCUGCUGCUCCUCUACUCCAGCACCAGCCGGCACCCACUGCCCCCGGCCGCCUGCCUUUAGCCCCCCGGCCGCCCCCGCCAGCUCUCUUUUCUUUCAACCUCCAUCUCCAUGCCCGUCCCCGGCCCGCUGGAGCGGGAGCGACGCCCCCUCCGCCGCCCCGGAACCCCCGGUGCCGCCCCGGGACCCACUGGUGCCGCCCCGCUCUCCCCGCCGGCCGCAGCCAAAGAAGAGCCGGGGAGCGGCCGGGGCUCCCACAGAGCGGGACCGGGCCGGGGCUCCCACAGAGCGGGGAGCGGCCGGGGCUCCCACAGAGCGGGGACCGGGCCGGGGCUCCCACAGAGCGGGGACCGGGCCGGGGCUCCCACAGAGCGGGGACCGGGCCGGGGCUCCCACAGAGCGGGGACGCGGCCGGGGCUCCCACAGAGCGGGACCGGGCCGGGGCUCCCACAGAGCGGGGACCGGGCCGGGGCUCCCACAGAGCGGGGACGCGGCCGGGACUCCCACAGAGCGGGACCGGGCCGGGGCUCCCACAGAGCGGGGACCGGGCCGGGGCUCCCACAGAGCGGGACCGGGCCGGGGCUCCCACAGAGCGGGGACCGGGCCGGGGCUCCCACAGAGCGGGGACGCGGCCGGGGCUCCCACAGAGCGGGACCGGGCCGGGGCUCCCACAGAGCGGGACCGGGCCGGGGCUCCCACAGAGCGGGACCGGGACGGGCCCUGGUAUCGCUCCCUCCCGGCCACCCGGACUCGGAAAAGUGGCGUCGGUGUCCUCCGCCCUCAAUUCCUCCCCUCCUCCAUCCGCCUCGCCUAUUUUUUUAGCCUGAAGAUUUUAAAGCAGAUCUUUCUACAUCGAGUUUCCAACAUUUUCACCUGGAGACCGGCGGGGUUUAUUGUCAGCAACGAGGACACAUGGGAAAACAAACGAAAAAAAAAAAAAAAAAGAAAAAAAAGGAAAAAAAUGGGGGGAAGGAAAAAAAAUGAAAGAAAGAAAGGAUUUGACUGUGCGGGUCAGUAUCAUUUUUUCUGGCGAUAGCGGCCCCAGGGCGUGCGGGGCAGCCGCAAUCCCUGCGGGCUCAUCCCUGCGGGCUGGGGCUGGCAGCGGGCAGCGACAGGGACAGGGACAGGGACAAUGGCCUUUGCCUGCGGCACGAUGGAGCCCCGGCCCCCGCGCUGGGCUCAUCCGUCCUUGGGCACAGAUACUGGCGUGAAAAGGAGGAGGGGAAAAAAAUGUAUUUUGUUUCUUUUCCGUUCUGCAGAUCACUGUGAAUCCUGCCCGCUCAGCCCUGCCCCCUCCAUCCCUGGGACCCUCUGCCCUGCCAAAGAACCCGCGCUGGCCUGGCCGGGCCGGGCUGCUCGUCCCCGGGGACAUGUCCCGCGUCCCCAGCGGGACCAGCCACACGGCCUCGAGUGCCAGCGGAGCGGGACGUGCCACAUGUCCCCAGAAGGGCCGUGCCAGGCCCGGGCCCGUCCCGGGGCCGCGGGGCCGUGCCUGCGGGGGGGGAUGCGGGCAGGUGGCGCUCACCGAGGGUGGCACCCCCGAGUCACCCCACCGGGUGCCGGGGAGGGGACAGCGUGGCUGCUCUGCCCUGGCACCCGUCGGACCCCACUGCAUCCCACAAACCCAGCAUGGAGAGGUGCCGGGGGCUGGAGAGGCACGGGGCGGGGUGACAGCCGUAACACCCGGGGUGCCACCCCCGCUGCUCCCGGCACUGCCGGGGGUCCCUGGGCAGCCCUGGGGACCCUCACCCCCCCGGGGCACCCCGCUCAGAGCCACCCCAUCAACCGGGUCCAGGGGACCCCCCUCGGCACGGCCACCCCGGGGGGGCUGGGGAGGGCGCCAGGCGCUAAUUAGUGCUGGGGUUAAUUAAUGGUCAUUCUGCUUGUAGCUUUUUCAGUGUGUGUUUGGUUACUGUCUCUGGGAACCGUGUUUGAACAGAUGGCUCUGUGUUACCGGGAGUGUGUGUACUUCUGUAGUCUAGUUAGGUGCUCUGCCAGAAAACCACCACUAUACAUACCUAUAAAUAUAUACAUAUAUAGUCUAUUUUAAGUUAAAAACCAAUGAGACGAACGGGCGGUGUGGCCCCGGGCCCCCCGUCCCGCCGGGGUCACCUCCUGCCCUAUCCCCACCCGAAAGCUUCAAAGCUUCUCUCUCUGCUCAUUCAAAGGCAUUGGGGUUUUAAUUGAUUUUCUUUAAUUUAUUUUUAAUUUCUUUUUUUUUUUUUUUUUUUUUGUACAGAAGAGUUGGAAAACAAAAAAAAAAAAAAAACAACAAAAAGACGAUUUGUAAGAUAUCGUGCGUGUGACUCCUUGUAAAAUAUUUUCAAAUGGUUUAUUACAGAGACUCAGUUAUUAAAUAAUGUUCAUAUUUUCACUUCA